AUGGACAACUUUUUUUCAAUUCUUCCCUUUCUUCAAUGUGACAGAUUUCUUGGUGAAAUUAUCACUGUGUCUAAUUCAUCAUCGUCGUCUGAUUCAUCUGUAUUCUCGAUAUACGAAAUAACGGCAUUGGUACUAAAUCCUGUAAACCUUAACGUUGUAACUGCUGCAAAUGCUACAAGUUUGCAACUUCUGCAAUUAUUGGCAAUCUCUGCAAG